AACGCUUGGAUUUUGCCGCGAAACUGAGCUGACGUCCCCCAGUGAGAGACUUUUUUCUUUUAUGGUUAAAUUAAAAGUGUAAUUAAUAGUUUUUCUGCUCGGUGUGUUUGUGUGUAACGGUACCGAGAUGUUUUGUGAGAAAGCCAUCGAGUUAAUCAGAGAACUUCACCGGAUGAGCGACGGACAACUGCCUGCUUUUAACGAGGAUGUUUUCCGGCAGGUUCUGCAGGAAAUGGAAGCUCUUUAUGAACAGAACCAGACUGAUGUUAACGAGGCGAAGGCCGGCCGAGCUGAGCUCAUUCCCUCCAUCAAGCUGCGUCACUGCUGCCUGCUGAGGAACCAGCGCUGUCUCACCGCCUACCUCUACGACCGGCUGCUGAGGAUCCGAGCUCUGCGUUGGGAGUACGGCAGCGUGCUGCCCGCUAACGUCCGCUUCCACAUGUGUGCAGAGGAGGUGCAGUGGUUCAGUCAGUAUAAGAAGUCUCUGGCGUCCUUCAUGCGGUCUCUAGGGGGGGGCGAGGGUCUGGACAUCACUCAGGACAUGAAGCCCCCCAAGAGCCUUUACAUCGAGGUGAGGUGUUUAAAGGACCACGGAGAGUUUGAGAUCGAUGAUGGAACUGUGAUCCUGCUGAAGAAGAACAGUCAGCACUUCCUGCCGCGGUGGAAAUGUGAGCAGCUGAUUCGUCAGGGCGUCCUGGAGCACGUCAUGUCCUGACGGAGGAACAGCUGACAGACAACCCAGGGCUUCCAUUGGCCGACAGCAGAGGACCAUUCAUCCAAUCAUCAAACGUUUUCUUUUACACAGCAGACAGAUGUCAUGAACUCAAACGUCCAGAUUCACUACGGCCCCUGAAUGCAACACACAGUUUAAUUCAGUUUCUUCUUUUAUUCUGAUGUAAAAAAUAAAGUCUCUUUUUCUAAAU